AUGAGUACUCUGUGUUGGAAUGUCCAAGGUAUGGGCUCACCAAGGACAUUCAAGUACUUAAGUGACAUUGUUCACAAGUUUAAGCCCGAAUUGGUUUUUUUGAUGGAGACAAGAACGAGUAUUGUGAAGUUAGAAGCUCUGAGUAAAAAGUUGCAUAUGGAAGGUUGUUUUGGGGUUGGAUGCGAAGGAAAGAGUGAAGGUCUAGGGUUGCUUUGGACAGUGAAAGAAGAUAUUUCUGUCUUAAGUUACUCUAAACACUAUAUUGAUUGUAUAGUGCAGAAGAAGAAUCAAUUAAUUUGGAGGUUUACCGGUUUCUAUGGUAACCCUAAUCAUUUAAAAAGGGUUCACUCGUGGACUCUAUUAUCUAGACUAAGCAGUCUAUUUAAUGGACCGUGGUUAUGCAGUGGUGAUUUUAAUGAGGUGUUGGAUCAUUCCGAAAAGCUAGGGGGUGCAAAGAAGCCUGAUUUUCUCAUUCAAAACUUCAGAAAUGCUUUGGAGGUUUGUGAUCUUUUUGAUGCAGGGGGUGUGGACAGUGGGUUUACUUGGUGGGGUAAUAGAGGUGCUGAAGUGGUGAAAGAAAGACUUGAUAGAUUCACUAUCAACUUGGGUUGGAAAGGUUUAUUUCCUGAUUGCUCAGUGGAGCAUUUAGAGAUGUGGGGGUCAAACCAUAGACCAAUUUUAAUGCAUAAUACAAAGCUAAGGGGCAAGGCGAAUCAAAGGAGAAGGAGGAACGUAAGAUUUUUUUUUGAAGAAACCUGGACUACAAAACAAGAGUUCAGGGAAAGGGUUAAUGAUUCGUGGUCUUCUUAUUCUGGAAACCAAAAUUUCAGUACGAUGGUUAGAAAGCUGAAGAGGUGUGCAAAUGAUUUUCAUAGCUGGGGUAAAGAGGCUAUUGAGGAUCUGCAGAAACAGAUAAAGGAGAAGAAGAGUGAGUUAAUAUCUUUGUUGAAUUCCCCCAAUCUGGAAUUCCAAUAG